AUGCUGGCCCCGUCGCUCCACCGCGUCACCAUUCGUUUCAACGCGACCAGCCCGCCCAAUCGUGACGCGCUUCAGCACGUGGAUGAGCUCCUUACCGCUGCUGUGGAUAUGGGAGCCAUCGAGCUCGAGAAGGUGUUCCAGUUCGUCAGGUCGGCCUUCCGUCGAAGCGGGAACUACGGGCUGCUCUUCGACCUGGACGACGUACUGGGUGCGGCGGGCGCUGGCGCUGGCGCUGGCGCAUUGGAUCUCAACGCUUUGAGGGAUGCGGCGCUCGUGCUGCGUGGAUUUGUGCGCGCAGCCGCAGAAGACCUGCUCGCCGCUCCUGAAGUAGGACGGAAGCUUCUCGACGCCGUCGGCGCCAUCGUACGAGCGAUAGGCGUCGAUGUUACCCAAGCAGAGUGUGUAAUCACUGCACGCUGCGUCGAAGAUGGCGUAGACUACAACGUCGCUCUGGAAGGCGUGGACGGGGAGGUUCGGUACCUUUUUUUACACAUGGUGGGGCCGCCGGAGCCUUCGACGACGGGUCAGGAGCUUUGGGAGCGCAAGGAUUCGUAUGCGGAUGGGUGCGCUCGCACUUUAUUCGGUCUUAGCGGCUUGUUGCCCGUUGAGCUGAGUGUUGUGGCCGAUGAUGCGGACCCCUUUGACUCAUGGGGCGAUGGCGACGGCGUCAACGAGCUCGCGUCGUCUCUGGCGCUGCUAUCUGACCUGGACACCCUGCGCUUCGACAUCGGCGAGGACGCCGUUGGCCCAGGGCUACUGGUGGCAAUUCGGGAGCCGGUGCUGAACGCGCUCACGCACAUCUACGUUACUCGUGCAGCCCUCGACAGCACUUUCAUGGCCGCAGGCCGCCCAAAGCACCUGGAGGGGUGGUUCGACGCGCUGGAACUCGCAGUGACAAGCCGUUCCAACCAUGGGCUUCAGCUGCAACGCCUGGAGAUUGCGGGACAUUUUUGUUUGUGCAUGCUGUGGGUUCGGCGCGUGCGCGAGGUCGUGGGCGAGGUGGUGCUCAACGUCACUUGCAUGAAUCGGGUUCGUUCGGUCUGUCUAACGUGUGAUUUCGUACCUUGGUGGUAG